AUGCAGAUGAUAGAAAAAGUACUUCUGGGGGAUGCUUCUUUUUGGGGAAAAAGUAAGAAGCAGAAUUACGUCUCAUUAUCAACUGCAAAAGCUGAAUAUAUAGCUACAGGAAGUGGAUGUACUCAAUUGUUGUGGAUGAAGCAGAUGUUGAAGGAAUACAAUGUCUUACAAGAUGUUAUGACCUUGUACUGUGACAACUUGAGUGCUAUCAAUAUUUCUAAGAACCCAAUUCAACAUACCAGAACCAAGCAUAUUAACAUUCAUCAUCACUUCAUCAAAGACUUAGUUGAAGAGAAAAUUAUUGCACUUGAGCAUGUGGAAACUGAAUUGCAGUUAGCAGAUAUUUUCACCAAGGCGUUGGAUGUGGCUAAGUUUGAGAAGUUAAGAGGGAAAUUAGGGAUUUGCAAGGAGUGUGUGAAGAAGCGUUCAAAAUUGAAUCUCUUUGAUCCUGCUUUGGUGAUGGAGUCUUCUUGUGAACCCAAUUUCAGCUUCGGUUUCAAUGAUAUCCAUUACUCCGACAGAGUUCUCCGUAUUGAGUUCAUUCCCGACCCGGUUUAUGCAGAUCGUCACCGUAUGAAGAAACGCCAAAAAGUUUUGAAUGGGAAUCAACCUGUUGAUAUGGAUGAUGAUGAUGAGACUUGUGUAAACAAUGAUUCAAACUCUGCAGCUGCUACAGUUGUUCGAGUUGAAACACUGCAUAUCAGUUCUCUUAUACUGGCAGCUCAAAGCCCUUUCUUUCUUAAGCUAUUCUCAAAUGGUAUGAGCGAGACAAAGCAGAGACAUAUCUCCCUCCGGAUUUAUGCAUCUGAAGAAGAUGGUCUCAUGGAGCUACUGAAAUUUUUGUACAGUAAUACUUUGAAUAUUACGGCAGCACCUGCUUUGCUGGAUGUACUUAUGGCGGCUGAUAAAUUUGAUGUGCCUUCAUGCAUGAGAUACUUGCUAAAUUUGCCCAUGACACCGGACUCUGCAUCACUCUACUUGGAGCUUCCUCAUACCGUUGAUGCAUUCCAACCGCUGAUUGAUGCUGCAAAGCAGUAUCUUGUUGGUCGAUACAGGGAAAUAACCAAUGACAAGUAUAGGGAAAAGCAUAUGGCCUUGUCUCUUUCUGCAAUAGAGGCAAUCUUGGCUAGUGAUGGGCUCCAAGUUUCAUCAGAAGAUGGUGUAUAUGACUUUGCAUUAAACUGGGCUAGACAAAAGUACGACAGUCUGAAAGAAAGGCGAGAAGUUCUGGCUACACGACUUGCGUGUUUAAUUCGCUUCCCUUAUAUGACAUGCCAAAAGCUUGAGGACGUCUUAACCUGUAAUGACUUUGAACAUGAGAGUGCAUCUAAGCUUGUACUUGAAGCCCUAUCUUCGAAAGCGGAGGCUCCACAUUGCCAACGACCAUUGGCAGCAGAAGAGUCUAUUUCCUUGAACCGGCGUUUUAGGGCGAGGGCAUAUAAGCAGCUUUUCUACAUGCAUUUGGAGUGGAAGGAUUGUGUCAGCUUGUUCCCAUCUGGCCAUGUGGAUUCUGAGCCUUUCGAUUUUGGUGGACAAAUGUUUUUUCUAUCUGCACAAUGCAACAUGGACAACAAUGGCUCCCAUUGCUUUGCGCUGUCUUUGGGAAUGAAGGAAAGUUGCUCAGGAAGCAUUGAUGUGGACUAUGAAUUUACUGCAAGGUUGAAGAAAACAAAGGAAUUUAUUAGCCUGCACAAAUCCAAUUGCACAUUUAACGGAGGGACCCAUAUUGGCUGUAAAAACCUCUUUGAUGUUCCAUGGACAUUCUUCAUUGAAGAGAAUAGUAUUUUCUUUGUUAACGGCAGUCUCCACCUAGCAGCCGAGCUCACUAUCACACAUUGA